AUGGCAACUAGCAACUGGGAGAAGUUUGUGCUUCUUCUCUGGAAGAAUUGGAUCCUGCAAAAGCGACACAUCGUACAGACGCUUUUUGAGGUCCUCGUACCGGUGCUAUGCUGCUCAAUACUACUGCUCGUACGUGGACUCGUCGAUCCAAAAUUCGUCGAUCGCAAUACGGUGUUUGAACCGCUCGAAACCGAUCGGAUCACGCAGGUCGGCAACCUGACCACGGACUACAAGCUCGCCUACUCCCCCCGGAACGAGCUGCUCGAGGAAGUCAUCCGGGAAGCGGUCCGAUCGUUGAAUGAGAACGAUCCAGAGACGCGGUUGAGUUAUGCCUCAUUUACGGAUGCUCGCGAGAUGGAGGGUGUGAUUGUGGAAUCGGCGUACCUCGCCGGGGUCGAAUUUGAUGCCACUUUCGCCAACUGGACGUUGGGUGAUGCUGUGCCGGAUAGCUUAACCUUUGCUGUGCGUUUUCCCGGCGAGUUGCGUGUCGAGGAAGGUCAGUUCUCAAACUGGCAGACCAACCUGCUGGUGGUACCAUUUUCUCCGCGCCUUCGCAACCCGGACGAAACCGAUGGUGGAUCACCGAGUUACUACAAGGAAGGCUUUCUGGCCAUUCAGGGGGCUGUUUCGCGAGCCCUUUUGGGCAGGCGUUUGGGAGGAGUGUCGUUGCCAACGGUGCACAUACAGCGGUACCCGUAUCCGCCGUACUACGACGAUGCGAUCCUUGAGGCACUGCAGCAACUGCUUGCGCUCAUCAUCGUUAUCUCGUUUUUCUACACCUGCGUUAACACGGUGAAGUACAUCACGAUCGAGAAGGAGAAGCAGCUCAAGGAAGCCAUGAAGAUCAUGGGCCUUUCGAACUGGCUGCACUGGACGGCGUGGUUUGUGAAGUGUCUCAUUCUCCUGACCGUGUCUCUGUCGCUCAUCACGAUUCUACUAUGUGUCCCCUUCAGCUCGGCAGCCAUCUUAGAAAACUCCGACUGGACGCUUGUCUGGUUUUUCUUCUUCGUAUUCAGCAUCACGACGAUCUGCUACUGCUUCAUGAUCAGCGUGUUUUUCAGCAAAGCAAACACUGCUGCCGGAAUCGCGGGGCUGCUGUGGUUCGUGUCACAGCUUCCGUUCAACGUGUCGCAGCAAAACUACGACGAAAUGGGUACGGGUGCAAAGCUAGCUCUCUGUCUGCUCUCCAACUCCGCCAUGUCACUGGGCAUGUUCUUGACCAUCCGGCUGGAAGCGACCGCAUCGGGUUUGCGCUGGUCAAACCUUUUUGAACCGGCCACCAUCGACGAUGGGUUCAACGUGGGUUUGGCGAUGAUCAUGUUGUUGGUUGAUGCUGCGAUCUAUCUGCUGAUCGCGCUUUACGUCGAACAGGUGAUGCCUGGAGAGUUUGGUGUGGCAAGGCCAUGGUACUUUCCGUUCACGAAGGAGUUCUGGGUUGGUAAUGGCAAGCCAUCACACGAAACGCUGUUCAAUCGGGACGAGCGACCAGCGUCCACGGAAUCCCGAUACAUCGAGCAAGAUCCGGCCGGGUAUGCUGGCAUCGAGAUCACGCAACUGCGCAAAGUGUACAAAGGCAAAAAGGCGGCAGUGGAAGGACUCAACCUUCGGAUGUACGAAAACCAGAUCUGCGUUCUGCUCGGACACAAUGGUGCCGGAAAAACGACGACAAUGUCCAUGCUGACGGGUGUGUUUUCGCCGACCUCAGGAACGGCUCUCAUCAAUGGGCACGAUAUCCGCACCGACAUCGGUGGAGUUCGAUCGUCGCUAGGACUUUGCCCGCAGCAUAACGUGCUCUUCGAUGAGAUGACGGUGGAUGAGCAUUUGCGGUUUUUCUCGCGCUUGAAAGGUGUACCAGUCGCGGCGGUCGGUGAGGAGAUCGAUCGAUAUCUAAAGAUGCUUGAGCUGGUGGAUAAGCGCGGUGCUCAAUCGCACACCCUAUCUGGGGGAAUGAAGCGAAAGCUGGCUGUCGGAAUGGCACUGUGCGGUGGCUCGAAGGUCGUUUUGCUCGAUGAGCCCACUUCCGGUAUGGAUCCGUCCGCUCGACGAGCCCUAUGGAACCUUCUGCAAAAGGAAAAGCAACACCGCACGAUGCUGCUGUCGACGCACUUUAUGGAUGAGGCGGACGUGCUCGGAGACCGGAUAGCGAUCAUGGCGGAAGGUAAGCUGAAGGCCGUCGGAUCGCCAUUUUUCCUCAAGAAAUCGUUCGGUGUCGGGUAUCGGUUGAUCUGCGUGAAGGAUGCGCACUGCGAUAAGCAACGGUUGUUGGGCAUUUUGCGGAAGUACAUCCCGGAUGUGACGAUCGACACGGAUAUCGGGUCGGAGUUGUCGUUCAUCCUGAAGGAGGACUAUCUGGAUGUGUUCCAGCGGUUGCUGCAGGACAUCGAACAGCAAAUGGUGAGCUGUGGGAUUACGAGCUACGGAAUAUCGCUCACAACGAUGGAGGAAGUUUUUCUCAAAGCCGGUAGUGAUAGCUUUGAAGAAGCGGAAACCCACAGUAAUGGCUCACACAUUGUCGAGGGAACGAAUGAAGAAUAUGCACUUGAACGGCUUCACUUGCUGACCGGUAAGGAGCUGUUGUUCAACCAGAUAAAAGCACAGGUACUGAAGAAGUACCUCUCAACUAUCCGCGCCUACAUUCAACUGGCCAUGAUGUUUGCCAUACCGAUAUUCUACGUUUGCAUCACGUUCGUCAUCACGAGAAGUAUCUCCGCCAGCAAGGAUCUUCCGUCGCUGGACAUUACGAUGGAUUCGUACGAGAAAGCGAUCACCGUGCUGGAGAGUGCCGAUGGAGACACCGGUAGGGUCCAGGCGUUCCAGAACAUGUUUGCGGAUCGCGGUGGUUUAGUGACGAUCGGCGAGGACAUUACGGAGUACAUUAUUCGUAAGUCGAAGGAAGACAUUGCGUCAGUGAACACGCGGUACUACGUGGGUGCGACUAUCUCGAGUUCGUCACCGUACGUCGGUUGGUUCAACAAUAAGGCUUUCCACACGGCUCCACUUGCGCUCAACCUGAUCUACAAUGCCAUCCUGCAGGCCGAAUGUCCUCAGUGCCGGUUGAACGUGAUUAACAAACCCUUACCGUACCGGUUAGAUACACAACUGGAGAAGCUCAACACGGGACUGAACGCUGGUUUUCAGCUCGCGUUCAACACCGGUUCCGCGAUGGCGUUCGUAUCCGCCCUGUACAUCAUCUUCUACAUCAAGGAGCGGGCAUCUCGCGCCAAACUGCUGCAGUUCGUCAGUGGCACCAACGUGACGCUAUUCUGGGCGACAGCUUUCGUGUGGGACUAUCUGCUUUUCGUGGUGAACUGUCUGGUUUACAUCGCGACGGUGGCCAUCUUCCAGGAGGAGGGUUGGUCAUCGUUCGAUGAGCUUGGGCGUGCGUUCUUGCUGCUGCUGUUCUUCGGCUUCGCGGCACUUCCGGUGACGUAUCUGUUCUCGUUUCUGUUCCAAGUUCCGGCAACCGGGUUCGUGCGCAUGUUACUGCUGAACGUGCUGUCCGGUGCGAUCUUUUUCACCACGGUCAACAUUCUUAAGUUCAAGGGAAUCGAUUUGAACGAUGUGGCCGAGGCGCUCGAGUGGGUGUUUAUGUUUUUCCCCAGCUUCGUGCUGAGCCACGGGUUGAACAGCCUUAAUGGGGCUUCCAGCACGGCCACCUUCUGCACGCGGUUGUGUGAACUGCAGGGACCGAAGUGUAAUGUGAACGAUUUGUGCGGAUUUAACGCUCAGUGCUGCGAUUUGGAGGUGUUUUCUUUCGGUAAAGUCGGCAUCGUACGGAACCUGCUGUUUUGUGUGCUGAUAGGAUGCGUCAGUUUCGGGCUGUUGUUCGGGCUGGAGUAUGGCAUCGUACAGAGGUUUUUCCGCCGGAAAUCGAAGGCCAUCGCACCAUCCUCAGAUGGCGCGGGCUCGAUCACCGAAGAAGAUUCAGAUGUGGUGGUGGAAAAGCGACGAAUUCAGAAUCUCACCAGGGCGGAGAUCGAUGCCCACAACUUGCUGUUGCACGAUUUGACGAAGAACUAUGGCAACUUCCAGGCGGUGAACAAGUUGUCGAUUGGCAUCCAUCAUUCCGAGUGCUUCGGUCUGCUCGGUAUCAAUGGAGCGGGCAAAACGACCACCUUCAAGAUGAUGACCGGUGACGAGGAAAUUUCGUCUGGUGACGCCUGGGUUAAAGGUAUCAGCCUGCGCACGGACAUGAACCAAGCGCACCGACAGAUUGGCUACUGUCCGCAGUUUGACGCAUUGCUGGAGGAUCUGACCGGUCGCGAGACGUUGCGUAUAUUUGCGCUUUUGCGAGGAGUGCGUCCAGAAGAGGUAAAACACGUGUCCUACACCUUGGCCGAACAGCUCAACUUCAUGAAGCAUCUGGACAAGCGCACGAAGGCGUACAGUGGGGGCAACAAGCGUAAGCUCAGCACAGCGUUGGCUUUGAUGGGAAAUCCUUCGGUGGUGUACCUGGAUGAGCCAACAACCGGUAUGGAUCCGGGAGCGAAGCGCCAAUUCUGGGACGUCAUUUGCAAGGUACGCAACACCGGCAAAUCGAUCGUGCUCACGUCACACAGCAUGGAAGAGUGUGAAGCGCUCUGCACCAGACUCGCCAUCAUGGUGAAUGGCGAGUUCAAGUGUCUCGGUUCGACGCAACACCUGAAGAACAAAUUUUCCAAAGGUUUCCUGCUAACCGUGAAGGUAACUCGAGGAUCUGUGGAUGCCCAGCAGAAGCGCGUCAGCGGAGUAAAGGAGUUUGUGACGAGUCGCUUUAGCGGUGCCGUUCUUAAAGAGGAAUACGAGGACUCGCUUACAUUCCACAUACCGGUCACGGAUCUGAAAUGGUCACAGAUGUUCGGCCUGAUGGAAAGCUCCAAGCAGGCGCUGGAAAUCGAAGACUACGCUCUCGGUCAAACGUCACUCGAGCAGGUGUUCCUGUUUUUCACCAAAUACCAGCGUGUCACAGAGUGACAGGAUGGAAGAUAUUAUACUAAGCAUUAGUCCGUUAAGUGCAAAAUGGAACUAUAUUUUCGUAAAUAAAUAUUUAAGAUGUUUGUAACAU